UCGACUGGAUGUUAUUGGUUAUGUCGUUGUAAGAGUGUCGAACGAUUGGUUAAAGCCAUAAGUUAAAACGCGGCAAUUCAAAAUAAAAAUAUUGAUUAAGGGGGCAUAUACCUUUCUCGGCUUAAAAAAAUCGAUUUUUUUUUUAUUACUUAUUUUGAAAGAUUAACAUUUCAAGAAUGUAUAUCCGAAACCAUUUAAAGAAAUUCGGAAAAUUGACAAAGUUAUAGUACUUUAUACCGACCGCUGCCGCCGCCGUUUCGGAGUCCCAAAAGCCGUUACGGAGAAGCGCGCAGGUAGUAGCGUCAGACCCACAAUUUUAUCGAUCCCUUUAUUGUAAUUCGAAGGAACUCCGUCUUUGUGUACUAGGUACAUAAUUUUUUUAAAGAUCACAAGGGCAUUGGAGGAAGGAAUAAGUUGAGCGCGAAAAUGAUAGACAAACUCACGGUGUAUUACGGUUUAGCCAUUCGGCGAAAUUUCGAUUCAGUGGAAGGAAUGCGGGAUGCAGUGUGGGCCACUUUUUAUCAUUAUAGUUCAACGAAAGACAAACCGCAACAUCAUCUUUGUCCUCAAGCCUCGGAUUCAUGGUGCAAGUGGCAACAAGCGAAAGCAAAUGGAUCGUUGGACAGAUACGAGCAAAGUUAUAAUGCUUUACCAGACGAGGUUUUGGAUGCAAUCCGCCCUAUAUACGAAGAUCUUAGUAAUGCGUCAUUAUUACAACGCUGCCUCGGCGGAUAUACGCAAAACGCCAACGAGAGCUAUAAUAAUUUGAUCUGGAGAAUGGCCCACACAAACACCAAUAGCAGCGCAAAAAUUGUGGAAAUUGCAACUUUCAUCGCAGUUUGUUUAUUUAACGAAGGUUUGUCGGCCCUUCUGCAAAUAAUGAACACAAUGGGCAUAACCAUUGGACGAAACGCUGCAUUAGCAGAUACUCGGCGCUGCAACCAAGCAGACAUCCGAGCACAGCACGCGACACGGGAGGUCCGUAUCAGCCGCCGACUGAAAAAAAAUAAAAAUGCCGACGAGCACCUUCAUCAGGAGGAUUCCCUAUAUGGCCCCGGAAUAGAUGAUUACAUAUAAGCGGUCAAGGACUAAUCCAUGGUACCGCAAUUGAAGUCCAGUCGGACAUAACCAACUUCGAGGAAUUGCAAAGGGGUAAAGGGGGGGGGUAUUUUAUUUUAAUAAAAAUUUAUUUACAAGUCCAAAGUAUGUUCUUUAACAUAAAAAAAACCCGAUCCUAAUAAGCCUUUUAUUUUUUGAAAAAAAAAUUAGUGAAAAUAGGUUAUUUUUCGUGCCGAGAAAGGUAUAUGCCCCCUUAAUACAAUUUACAUCAAUACAAUUUAUUAGAAAAAUGUUGUCAUGAUCAUUAUCUUGAGCAACUCUCACACAAUUUUAGCGAUCGUUUAUUAAAAAGUUAUUAGUAAAGAAAUUUCAUAUAUUGUUCGAUUAUCAUAUGUAUUUCAUGGUACAUAUUAAUAGCAGAUUUAUUUGUUUGUAUGUAAUAAAUCGAAUGCGUAAGCAGAGGAACAGCUUUAACGACGCAUUCGGUUUUGUUAUUAUAUUGCUCAUGUAAAGAAAUGAAUCUGCUAAGAACACGUUCUGUUAAAUAUUCGGAAAUUAUAUAUAUAUUUCAUAAAGUUUAUUUUGUUAAUUUUUUAAUAAAAAACGACAAAAGGAAGGUUAUGAGUAAGAAGGAAGGGCUAAGGGGAGAAAAAAUUUGGAUAGAGGAGGAUCUAACAUGGAAGGAGAGACAGAUUAGAUGGAAGUUGAAGGAGAUGGCUAGGGCAGAAGAGAGAAAAGGUGCAAAAAUAGCUAUAAGAAAUAAUAGAGUGAGGGGAAUGGUGGUUCUGGGAUGAGGAGGGGGAGACACUGAGAGAUAGAAUGGGAAGAAAAAGAGAGAACGGAGGGGGAAAAAGUCGAGGGUAGGAGGGAAGAGGGGGCAGAUGGAGGGGGACAUGGGGAAGAAUCGAUAGUGGGAGAGUUGGAUGGAGGGGGGGGAAUGAGAUGGAGGGAGUGGAGAGGGUGGUGAGGGAGGAAAGGAGGAUCGGUAAGGGAGAAGGACAACGGAGAUAACGAAAUAAAAAUGGAGAAGGGGGACGAGUAAGAAUAGCGUUUUGGAAUGUAGCAGUGAUCGAGGGCAAGGAUAGAGAUUUUUGGAAGGGGAUUAAGGAUUGGGAUGUGUUAAUAUUUAUGGAAACAAAGGGGUGGUUGGAAAAAAAGGGGGUGGGAUAGAAUAAGGGGUAAGCUGCCAAGAGAGUUUAGAUGGGAGGUGCAAAUAGCUAUGUAACGAUACGCCCCUCCACCGUCCGUGCGCUUCCGUUCCGUCCACCGAACGACAACGCCGAACGUAGCCAGGGACCACGUGCGCGCACGACCGAACUUCACCGUGCGACCACGCGGCGUCACGCGCGCCGAUCGCAUGGCGUUCCGUAACGCUCCCACUCCGGCUCAGCCGACCGAGCGCGCGGAUUGGCUUGCUUAGCCGCGCGUUCGGAUAUAUAAGCCGGCAGUGAGAACGCACAAGAUCAGAUCCGUCCAACUAUCCGACCCGUCAACAGACCGAGCAUUCUCGAUCGCUUCCUUAAGACGAGCAUUCUCGUCGUCCUCCAGUAUCCUCGACGGGCAUUCCCGUCGGUACCCGGGCAUUCUCGUCAUCAUCACCGGCCGAGCAUUCUCGACCAAUCGCCGUCCUUACUGCCAAACCGACGAAUCUCGUAAUCUAGUCAUCGACAGAGCACAAGCAACCUGUCGAUCGAGCGCCCCACUUGCACGGGGCGCGCUCGGGCGAAUCGCGGCGGCGACCGCGCCGACAACGAUCCGCACUUGCGCACGCGCUUACAUCACCGCGCUAGUCACUCCCGCCGCGCCCCGCGACUCCCCGACCGUACGGGCGUACAGCCCGCAUAUCUCACCGCGUAGCUUAGGCUACAUCUGUAAAUAAAUAGUUAAGUUCUUCCGCCUAGAUGUAAACCGCGUUUUCCGAAGUCAUUCCACCGCAAUCCGAUACCGGCGAUUGGCUGGACACCGACAAGCUCUCUUUACUUUCGAUAUCUCUUUAUCUUUAUUUUUGAUAUCUCCGUGUUGUUGUAAUCUCUUUAUUUUUUGAUAUCUCUUUUAUUUUCGGUAUCUCUUUUACUUUCUCUCAUGUUCAUUUUGACAACUCUUUUGCAAUUAUUAUUUUUAAUAAAUCAUUUUCUAUCUUUUGCUACAUUGGGUAUAAUCAUUGCGGACACCUGACCAACCGACGAGCCUUAUCCAGUCCGAUCCCGAAGUUCCCGCACCGCACCGAACCGACCGAAAUCGCGUACCGUUACAGCUAAAAAAGAAACAAGAAAAGAAGAGCAAUUGGGAAAAUGUUAGUAAGUAUAAGGAAGGAAAUAGAUACGGUAGAGAAGGGGGGGGGGCAAGAGGAAGUAGAAGGGAUAGUAACAAAAAUGAUUAGAAUAAGGGGGGAGAAGUAGAGAGUUAUAAGAGAUAUGGAGGAGAAAUAGGAAAAAAUUAAAGACUGGGUAGAAGAUAAGAGAGGUGGAGUCAAAACAAUACUGGGGGGGGGAGGGAUUUUAACGCAAGGAUAGGAGAAUUGGA